GUUCAGUUCUCCGCGAGAUUCCGCCAGAGUCGGAAGCAGGGCCCAAGUCGGACUAUUGAACACCCAGAUAACCUUAUCGAGGCGAAGCGGAAGCCAGUCUAGGCCGAAAUGCGGCUGCCAUUUCUAGGAGUAGCUCUUCUCGGCCUCCUGCUAGUCCUAGUGACCCCGACCCAUUCCAAUCACACCGCCGGCUAUGAAGGGGCCACCAAGCAGAUCCUCCAAAGGGCCACCGACCGCAUUCGACACGUCUGGGAGAUCACCCGCAAGAUCUUCGUGCAGCUCACGGCCAAGGGAAAGUCGCAGCUGGGCGGAACGGUUCUCGGCUCAAAGCAGGAAAUAGAGGCGGAGACCUAUCGACUCUACUACGAGCUGGCGGCCAACUUGAGCGUGGUGCCGGUGUCCGAAUUGAACGAUCCACUGCUGCGCAGGCUCGUUCAGCGAAUGUCCAAGCUGCAGCUGCAGGGACUGCGGCCAAAGGACUACGAGCAGGCCAAGGACCUUCUGCGGCAGAUACACAACUUUGUCAGCGGCCCGAUGGUCUGUCCCCAUGAUGACUGCUCGGCCAGUGGGCAGUUGGCCAUGGUUCCGCAGAUCGUGAAGCGGAACAUGUACGCCAAGCAAUACGAGGAGCUGCUGGACAACUGGAAGAGGUGGCGCAUGGCCAUAAACGAGAAUGACGUGGCCAAGAGCACGUUCAAGGACUACGUGCGCCUGCUCAGGAAAGCGGCCACCUACAACGGCCAUGUGACGCCCUCGCGCACCUGGUACCUCAACUACGAUACGGAGAACUUCCAGGCCGAACUAGAGGCUGUCGUGUGGGAGAUCAUGCCACUCUACCGGGAGCUGCACGCGUACCUGCGCCACGAGGUGCAGGCCGCCUACCCCAAGGCAGACACCAAGAGCGAUGGCGCCAUCUCCGCACCCAUCAUGGACCAGAUCCUGUCGCAGGACUGGUUCCCGCACCAGUUCUUCCGCACUCCGCAUCAAGGCAAGCAACACCAGCUGCCCUCUGUGCACAGACGACUUGAGGAGGUACUGGUGACACCCGUGAAGAUCAACCGCAUGGCCGCCGAGUUCUUCGAAUCGCUGGGUCUUUUCGUUCUGCCAAAUACCUUUUACGAUCGCUACUCCCGCCGGAUGAGUGAAGAGGAAGCUGGAGUCGACUGCAAGUCGCAGGUGUAUUACUUUCCGCCGGAUGUGGCACUGCGCUACUGUCCCAAACUGGACUACAAGAAGAUGAUGCAGAUCCACGGAACAAUGGCGGAGAUUCAGUACCACCUCUACAAGAUGCGGCUGCCGUUUGGUCUUGACACAGAGCCAUGUCCUGGAUUCGGCGCUGCCAUAGCAGAAACGGUUGUCCUGGCCUCAGGAACCCCACGCCACCUGAACCGCCUCAAAAUCCUCCUGAACAACAGCCUGACGGAGGAGCAGUCCCUGAACCGGCUUUUCCGCAUGGGCGUGCACACCUUGAUCGCCGUGCCCCAGUACUUCAUCAAUGACAAGUUUCUGGUGGACGUAAUGGACGGACGGAUUGGAGUGAAGGAGUACAACUGUGCCUACUGGGAUCUGCAGGAUAAGUUCGCUGGAGUUCAGCCGCCAAGGCCACGCCUUAACAAGGACUUCGAUUUGGACUUUAAGUUCUAUCGCGGCUUGAACCCGGAAACAUCCAACACAAAAAAAUUCAUGGCGGAGAUUCUGGGAUUUCAGUUUUACCGCUCCUUUUGCCUGGCAAGUGGCCAGUACCGGCCCGGAGACCCAAGUCAUCCGCUGCACAACUGCGAUUUCUACGGCUCCCCGGAGGCGGGCAAGAAGAUGCACGACAUGAUGGAGCUGGGAGCCAGUCGCCACUGGCGGGAUGUCAUGGAGAUCGCCACCGGGGAGCGGAAGUUGAGCGGUCGUGGCAUUCUGGAGUACUUUGCCCCACUCUUCACCUGGCUGAAGGAGCGCAAUAAGCAGUUGGACAUCGAGCCCGGCUGGGAUGCAGAUGAAUUGUGUCGAAGGGACUGAAAUCCCAAGCACAGUGCCUACACCCCAGUUAUCUAACCGUGUCACUAUUAAGCACGCAUUUUACCUUACAAUAAACAAACAUAUAUGAACAUAAAUAAUA